CUUUCCAGGAAGUGGUGUGCAAUGUGUAUCUUUGGUGUUUUAAGCUUAAAUUCAUAUUUAUACAUCCAUGUUCAUACAAGGAGCAAUGGCAAUUGAAAACGACCAAACGUUUUCUUAAAAAUGUUCGACUGUUACAGGAAAUUAUAGCAACUGUGUUAAGGGUUCAGACGAAGUUAAAUAACAGUAACGUUACCCGGUCCGCCGCUGUUAAGCUACCAUGCCAGACUGGGUCAGUCUAUGUGCGGUCAUUAGCCUGUUGAUAAGUCUUCUAACAGUAGCUGGUUACAUUUUGUACUCGGGACUCCUCACAGACAUUAUCGUAUCAACCGGCUCUCCUCCCGUAAAGAAGAUUACAUUCGCCUACAAAUUCAAAGAAGGUCCGUACAAAAACUGCGGACAACUUUUUAAGGAGUCUCACAGUAUUGGACCAAAGCUUUCAUGUAUCGGAGUAUUUUAUGAUGACCCUAAAAAGGUCCCGGGACCACAAUGCCGCUAUGCUGUCGGCAGUAUUCUGAGCGAGGGGAAAAACCAGGCAGACGAGGAACUUUUGAAGAACUUUGAGACAUCAGGCUUUAAUGUCUUUUCCUUUCCAGAAGUCACACACGUGGUUGCUACGUCGUUCCCCCACAGGACACAUUUGUCUGUCCUCCUGGGAGUAAGAAGAGUUUACCCACGGCUAGAGCACUACAUCAAGGAAAGGAGGCUCUGUGCACACCCGUUCCUUCAGAUCUACAGAGAGGGUCAGAUCCAGUUCAUGGCCCCCUUGGCCCGUCAGGGAGAUUUCUACGUGCCUGAAGUCCGACAGGUAGAGAGGAGGCUGUCAGAACAAGAGGAGUUGCACAGUGACUCAGAAGUCUCAGACUCAAACAGUGAAUACAGCUCAGGGAGUGGGGUUCUCCUGUCGGAAAGCAGAGGGACGUCCCUAGCAGCGUCCUCGGUCCACUCUGUGCCUAUCCAGGAUCAAGGAGAUAGAAACAACAGAGGGAGAAGCUCCAGGGGAACCUUGGACUGGGAGCAGAGCUGUGGACAGCAGGCAGAAGGAGAAAAGCCACUUCAUGGAGACUCCAACCAGAAGAGCCUGGAGGAUCCCACUCAGGAGUGGUGGGGUGCUGUUGGAGGAGAGGAGUAAAAGUUCAGGGAGACACAUUAGUUGAGGAUGAAAGAGUAAAAGAUUGAAACUCAAGAGUGUCUCACUAUGGGUCCAUGUCCAAAUGUGUAACUAUUAAAGGACAAGGCAGGUGAUAUUCAAUACUUUUGUUAUUGUUAACAAAUCCCAUGAAAAGACCAAAACAAGAAAUUUGUUUCUUAAUACUUAAAACACAUUCCCCUACCCUGAAAGCCAAGUCUUUCCUAUAGAAACAUUUUGAGAAACAGGUCAUGAAAUAUAUUGUCAUUUUUAUAACAGCUGAGCACUGUCGUUUUAGCAAAUGUUAACCAAGCAGGAGGAAAUAGGACAUUUGUUGGAGACUACUUUUAAUUGUGGAAUAAUCCACAUUUGGUGCUCUAGUGAGUAUUUAUGGCAGCAGAAAAGCGUAUGCAUGAACAACUCUGAAUAAACUACAGUGUCCAUGUUCAUUGUAAUGAAGGAACGUGUCACCCAGUGCAACACUGUGUCUCACGGAUGUGGUUUAAAAGUUAUGGGAAAACAAAGGAGGUCUAUGGUGCAAAAGAUUAUUCAUCAGUCUUUGGCUAAACAGACAAUAGUUGGGAGUGGGGUCAAUUCAUUGCUAAUUUUGGCUAUUUUAUUGGAUUUUUUGACAAUAGCAGAAUUAUAGAAUAUAACCAGACAUAUUCUUCAUUCUUUUAAUUACAGUUUUUAAGUGAAUGCAUUCAAACCUGCUAGUUUUUGCUGACGGAAAAACACUUGAAAUCUGCUGAACUUAUUCAGGUAGCCUGAGUUUCUUGAAACAGAAGUGAUGUUUGCCAAAAUGAUACAAGAUGACUGAAUUGAGUAUUUGUUUGAAAAAUCAUUUUACUUGAAAGGUAUUUCAUUUGCUGUACUGAAGCUAUAACUAUUAUUUGCAUUUCUAAAAAGUUUUUGUUUGUUGGAGGAUUGUUUCACAAACAUACAGGGAAUUCUGUUCAUUUUAAAGCCACUUUUUGACAUGUUUACAAAGGGCCAAAGUUUCAUUCCUUAAUAAAGGACAUACAGGAUUGAAAUUAUAUGAGCACAUAGACCACACAAAGUGAGUGACUUUUUUAAAGAUGUUAUCUAUGUGUUUGAGAUUGAAUAUUUGUGCAUCUUGUUAGAAGUGUUUUGGGUACUUUUACAAGGCUGUGUGUUGGCAUAGUACUGUUGGUGAUGUGAGUUUUGAUAUAAAAUGUACUUCAUUUCCAAAGAUGAAGGUGUGAAUGAAUGCAUAAUUACCUUCUUUGUGUUGUCCUCCUGAGCACCUCUGAGAUUGUGGACAUGAUUAUGGGGAGUGUGCAGCCUGCUGCCAUGAUCAGUCAAGGAGAAAGAUGACAAGCAGUGGGCUGACCAUUAAUAUUCAUUUCACUAUACUGACGGCAAAGCUCUGUGACUCUAUAUUGUAUUUGCAUCUGGCCUCUAGCAUCAGCAUUAUUUUCUAUUCAGCCGUUAUAUUGUGUUAUUUUACCUUCUCAACCUUCUCCCAUAUGCUAUCUCUUUGCUCAGGCUAAUUCCUGUUUUUUUUUCACCUUUUGGUCUCUUCUAUCCUUCCCUCUGAAAUACAUAUAAUAGCUGCAGUCUGAAAGACCACCUGAUGACCCAAACAGCCUAUAAUGUGUGUCAAGUCAUACCCAUCUCCUUUAUCUUCCAGUAAACAAGAGAUCACCCCAAGCUCGUCGCAGCGAGCCUUGCUCACUUGGAGGGUGUGAGCAGUUUAAAGGGAUGUCCAUGUGAGAGAAGAGCAUGUAUGCCUUUUUAAGUAAAUAGCCAUUGCAUAUUCUGAUUUUCAGACAGAAAUGAGUAGACGAAGGCUUCUGUCAGUCCUUCACUUUAAUAUUGUGUGUUUGAUAAGACUAAACACCGUCCGAAUAUGGCUUUUCUUAAUUAUAACUGUGGCAUUACAUUGAUCAGACAGUCACGGUUUUAGCCCAGAGAAAAACCUGCUGAAGAGAGGGUGUUUUAAACUAACGCUAUUGAAAAGUUGUGCUAUUCAGUCUUAAAUAAAAAUUAACAACACAUACUCCUAGGUUGAAAACUGUGUGCCUUACCUUUACAACAAAUAUAAAUACAUAAUCCUUUUUCUUCAAUAGAUGAUACAAAAGAUCUUCAACACAGAACAUUCAUUCAGCUUCUUUCCCUGACUGCGGUGCUUAUCUAAUCAGAGACCUGUUUGCUGAGGUAUAAAGAUAACAGAGUGAAACCUAGAACAAAUCUUUGUCAACGUUAUCCAGAUAACCCAGUAAACUUACAAAUUGGGCCUCAGUAGCAUAGUGUUUUUAGUCUGAAUUGCAUUUUUGGACAGUGUGGUCUUUGAGUGAAAUUAUAUUGCAUUUAUGACAAUAUUUUAUGAAAAGAUUUUCUUGACAAUUUCCUGUUAUGUUCAAACUCCACUUUAAAACAACAGCAAACCUGUUACAGCAUCGCUCAUUCAUUAGUUUACUCUUAGUUGGAGUUGCCUCAGAGGUUUAAUUGGCAGAACGCUGAGCUUGUACCUGACAAAUGUUCAACAAAAAAGAUCUAUAGUGAGUGUUUACAUUUUUAAUCUAAAUGCUGAUUGCUUUAGCAAUGGGGUUAAAUUCCCAGAGAAUAAAAUUAAAUGAGAUGAAUGAGAUUUAGGAGUAAAAGUGAUGCCCUGAGAUGCUUUCUGUGUGUAUAAUUAUAAAAGCUCUCUGGGACCUAAGGGUGUACUGCUUCUUCAAACAUAUACACCUGGGGUAGUAACUUGCUGUUUUGUGAAGUAUGUGUUGGCUAUAGGGAAUCUAACUAACUAUAGAAUUAAAUAUGGUAUCGCUAGUCUGACACAAAUAUGAUCUCAGUGGGUAAAUACCCAGGGCUCAUCGGUAUUUAAAGGGUAAUUCUGGUUUAUAACUUGUAUAGGAUCACUGCUCCUGUCAACAAUAAUAACUCUGUACGGUAAUAGCUGAGAUCUGGUAAUGCGGUGACAUUACUGAAAAAGGUUUAACUUUGACCUACUGUACAUAUUUUGUCCAGUGCAAUGAGGUAUUUUUGCCACUAUUAGAAGUGCAACCACUUUUAGUUUUACCUCCAAAUAAAGUAGUUUGAGUGAUCUGACUAAA